GACCGGCCGCGCUUGUGGGGCGAGGACCAGGGUUUGAGCGAACAGGAGAAACGGGAACGGCUGAAAACCCAAAGGGAGAAGCAGAAGGAGCUGAUACUGCAGCUCAAGACCCAGCUCGAUGACCUGGAAACGUUCGCCUACCAAGAGGGCAGCUCCGACUCCCUGCCUCAGUCCGUCAUCUUGGAAAGACAGCGGGUGAUCAUAGACGAGUUAAUAAAGAAACUGGACAUGAACCUGAACGAGGACAUCAGCUCACUGUCCACCGAAGAGCUCCGUCAGCGUGUGGAUGCCGCCGUGGCUCAGAUCGUCAACCCCGCCCGCGUGAAAGAACAGUUGGUUGAACAGCUGAAAACUCAGAUCCGAGACCUCGAAAUGUUCAUUCACUUCAUCCAAGAUGAAGUGGGAAGCCCCUUGCCGACAGGCGAUGGGCACUGUGAAUGCAAAGCCGGAAGGAAGACAGGCAGCGACUCCCCCCGCCCCGGCGCCAGUGGCAGCAGACUGCCCCCAGGAAACGGCAAAGUGAAGCCCGAGGAUGUGAGGAGAGUUCGGGAGCUGGGGCUGCACCUGAUGCGGCGAGCCCUGGCUGUGCUCCAGAUCUUCGCCGUCAGCCAGUUUGGGUGUGCCACCGGCCAGAUUCCACAAAGCCUGUGGCAGAGUGGCCAGGCCGACAGGGACUACUCUCCCUUACUAAAGAGGCUGGAGGUGUCCGUGGACCGAGUAAAACAGCUGGCGUUGAGGCACCAGCCACACAACCACGUUGUCACCUCUGCCAGCCUCCCGGACCUCACUCUUGGAGGCAAGGAUGAGCUGACCGCAGCUGUGCGAAAGGAGCUGACCGUGGCCGUGAGGGACCUGCUGGCCCAUGGACUGUACGCCUCCUCUCCAGGCAUGAGCCUCGUCAUGGCGCCCAUUGCUUGCUUGCUGCCAGCCUUCUCCUCAGCCCCUGAGGCCAUGCAUCCAUGGGAACUCUUUGUAAAGUACUACCAUGCCAAGAACGGCCGGGCUUACGUGGAAUCGCCAGCCCGGAAGCUCUCCCAGUCCUUUGCCUUGCCCAUGGUGGGGGGCACUGUUGUGACCCCCAAACAGAGCCUACUGACAGCCAUCCACAUGGUGCUGACGGAGCAUGACCCCUUUAAGCGCAGCGCAGACUCUGAGCUUAAGGCCCUGGUGUGCAUGGCGCUGAACGAGCAGCGUCUGGUGUCCUGGGUGAACCUCAUCUGUAAGUCGGGGGCACUCAUCGAGUCCCACUACCAGCCGUGGAGCUACAUGGCGCACACAGGCUUUGAGAGCGCCCUCAACCUGCUCAGUCGCCUCAGCAGCCUCAAGUUCACCCUUCCGGUCGACCUGGCCGUGCGCCAGCUCAAGAACAUUAAAGAUGCUUUUUGAUGGGAGGCCCUGGCCCCGGAGCAGCGCCUCACUCAGUCAAAAAGUCACUGUCUUUGUCUUCUCAGCCAGUAGAGGGACUGAAAAUCUUUGCUGAUCUUGCUUCAGUGGCCAGCCAGACGGACGACUGCAAAAUCUAUUUCCCCACCAGCGUAGCAUCUCUGAAAGAUGUGCAGCAAACCCACUUACAAGAAGGUUCUGCCUGGGUGUGUGACCAGGGUGUUCACAUGAGCACACGCGUUUGAGCCUCUGACCGAGACAGCUGUCGUGACACACGGGCACACCAGGGCUUUUCACACACUCGGGUUGCCCGAACUGUUCUCUUCAGUGACACCAGUUGUUGGUCCCAGAAGGCCUGCAACUCGAGGGUCCUGGUAGUCGAGUUGAGAUCGAGGUGGGAGCCAUCUUCCUUUACUGAAAGCCAGUCUGAAAAUCCUGGGGUCAGAGUUGACAUUCUCUGUAAGAAUACUGAGUCUCUUUAUAAGUACAGUGCUCCAGGGUGGGCGGAGCUGCCUAUAAAACUAGAAAUGAGAACAUUUGUUUUUUGGGUGGGUUUUUUUAGUUCCAUCUUUUUUUUUCUUUUUUCUU